CCCAACAGCGCCCGGCGUCGAAGGCGGACCCCUGGUCCUAAUUCCAGGCCACGCGUACUGGCUGUGUCUUCCGGCUUCUCACCUUAGGCCUUUCGUGCUCAGGGUCGGGGUGCUGCCGGCCCCCCAUUGCCUCUGGCCGCCAGGGGUCCUCCCUCCAGCGCUGUUGCCUCUGCCCGCGCCUGCAGGCGUCUUCUGGCCCGCACCUCCUCUUCCUUCCUCCGCGGCAGCCCCUGCCACCUCCCCAGCGCCCUGUUCUCCUGCCGACCCCAAGGUCCACCUUCCGCCCCCAGCACCUGAUUGUAGGCAGGAGAAAAUUGUGCAGUCUGGGCCGGUUGACCAGGUGGGCCAGCUUCAACAGCCAGUAAAAAUGAACAACUCCGAGGACCUUCCCGAAUCCUACGACUUUGACCUCAUCAUCAUUGGAGGGGGCUCUGGUGGUCUGGCGGCCGCUAAGGAGGCAGCCAAAUAUGGCAAGAAGGUGAUGGUCUUAGAUUUUGUCACUCCAACCCCUCUUGGAACUAGAUGGGGUCUUGGAGGAACGUGUGUGAACGUGGGUUGCAUCCCUAAGAAACUGAUGCACCAGGCGGCUCUGCUGGGACAGGCCCUGCAAGACUCUCGCAACUACGGGUGGAAAGUGGAGGACACAGUUCAGCACGACUGGGAAAAGAUGACGGAAGCUGUACAGAAUCACAUCGGCUCACUGAACUGGGGCUACCGAGUAGCUCUUCGGGAGAAGAAGGUCGUCUACGAGAACGCGUACGGGCAGUUCAUUGGUCCUCACAGGAUUAAGGCAACAAAUAAUAAAGGCAAAGAAAAAAUUUAUUCAGCAGAGCGAUUUCUCAUUGCCACUGGUGAAAGACCCCGCUACUUGGGCAUCCCCGGCGACAAAGAGCACUGCAUUAGCAGCGAUGAUCUUUUCUCCUUGCCUUACUGCCCGGGCAAGACCCUGGUGGUUGGAGCGUCCUACGUGGCUUUGGAGUGUGCUGGGUUCCUGGCUGGUAUCGGUCUAGAUGUCACUGUCAUGGUCCGGUCCAUUCUCCUUAGAGGAUUUGACCAGGACAUGGCCAACAAAAUUGGCGAACACAUGGAAGAACAUGGGAUCAAGUUCAUAAAGCAGUUUGUACCGAUUAAAAUUGAACAAAUUGAAGCAGGGACCCCAGGCCGACUGAAGGUGACGGCACGGUCCACCAACAGCGCAGAGACGGUGGAAGGAGAGUAUAACACGGUGUUGCUGGCAAUAGGAAGAGAUUCUUGCACAAGGAAUAUUGGCUUAGAAACUGUGGGAGUAAAGAUCAAUGAAAAGACUGGAAAAAUACCAGUCACAGACGAGGAGCAGACCAACGUGCCAUACAUCUACGCCAUAGGUGACAUCCUGGAGGACAAGCUGGAGCUGACCCCUGUGGCCAUCCAGGCCGGGAGGCUGCUGGCUCAGCGGCUGUAUGGAGGCUCCACGGUCAAGUGUGACUAUGAAAACGUUCCCACCACCGUGUUCACUCCUUUGGAGUAUGGAGCUUGUGGCCUUUCUGAGGAGAAGGCUGUGGAGAAAUUUGGGGAAGAAAAUGUUGAGGUCUACCAUAGUUUCUUUUGGCCAUUGGAAUGGACAGUUCCGUCAAGAGACAACAACAAGUGCUACGCAAAGAUAGUCUGUAACCUGCAGGACGACGAGCGGGUUGUGGGCUUCCACAUCCUGGGGCCCAACGCUGGAGAAGUCACCCAGGGCUUCGCGGCUGCACUCAAGUGUGGGCUGACCAAGAGGCAGCUGGACAGCACAAUCGGGAUCCACCCUGUGUGCGCAGAGAUCUUCACGACGCUGUCAGUGACCAAGCGCUCCGGGGGCAACAUCCUGCAGGCUGGCUGCUGAGGUUAAAGCCCCGGUGUGGUUGCUGCCGGCUCCCAGCCACCAGGCCUCGGACGGCGGGGCACAG